UUUGUGCACAUCCGCAAACUGCGCUGGAGUCUGAGCUCAGCUGUGUUAAUCACCUCUUCCUCAUCAUGAUACACCGGACAUUUGUCUGCAUGAGGAACUGAACCGUGGCUGUCAGCGGAGGAGCUCAAAGCUGGUCACGAUUGGAUGAAGCCUGCUGUCGAAUUUUGGGGAAAUUAAACUGCCAGAUUGGUUACAACAAAGUUACAUCCAGAAGAAACCAGAUGGUCAGAGAGUCCACGAGGAGGACGUUUUGAAGAUGGACCCCGAGAGCCCCAUCGGCAGGAUGGGGAGGACUUUCUGGACAGUUUGGUACUAUAUAACCGGAGCAGUGAACAGAUUCCUCAGGCCAGAGCCCACUGACGUCGCCACCAAUGACCCAAACUCCAUCCAGGAAUCUGCAGUUGACAGUGAGCCCACAAACAUCACCAGCAAUGACCCGAACUCCAUCCAGGAAUCUGCAGUUGACAGUGAGCCCACAAACAUCACCAGCAAUGACCCAAACUCCAUCCAGGAAUCCUACAGUUGACAGUGAGCCUGCCAACUUUAGCCAAACAGAAGGUGACACCAGCGGGAGGGGGGUGGAUGAGGAACAGGCUCUUGCGUCAGCGUCUCUGCUUAGCUCAUUUCGGCCACUUGUUGCCUGGGAAGUUUGCACCACAGACAUCGACUUAAAGACUGAUGAAGAAAGCGUGCCGUGCAAAACUCAGCUGAGUGGAGGCAGCGAGAGCAAAGCAUCUGAGGGAGGUGGGGGCACCAGAGAGGAACAGUUGGCCAAUGCAGGAAACAAUGACACAGGGCUGUUCUUUGCUAAAGACGAUAAACAAGAAGAAAACAUCAAUCAGAAAUUGUGCACUCGCGGACGUGAUGAGAUGCCAGAGAAUGAAGAGUAUGAAGAACAUGUGAAUGCAACACUGACAGGUGAUGCAGUGAGUGAAGACAUGGAGAAAAGUGCAAGAGGUGCUGAGGAGACUGAGAAGGCACCGCAUGAUCCUCAAAAAAUGGAUGAAACCAUCCAAGUAAAGGAGGCGGACGAUAAAAUGCAGCUUGAAGAUGAACAACAUUUGCAGGCAGAAGACACUGACGUAAAAUUGUGCCAGAUUGCAGGUCUAAGUCUAGGAGAAGAGGAUAACAUGCAUGUAGAGGAGGUGAAGGUGCAGAGGAACGAGGCAGAUGAGGAAGUAGAAAACAGUGAUGGUGUGCCAAAGCUUGCGUUUGAAAAUGAAUGUGAUAAGGGAACAAGGGAAGCUGAAAAUCAGCUCUCAGUCUGUGAAGAAUUGUCAGAUGAUCACAGAGAUUUCAAUGAAGUCCCAGGCUUUGCUUCACAGCACGUUGAAUUACAGAUGACCUACGACAAAAGCAGCAUUGUGUCUGAAGAUGAGCUAAUAGUUGUCGAGCAAGAGCGUGUGAUGGCUCACUGGAGUGAAAGUGUUAACGAUGAGGAUGCGAAAGAGAAGGGAUGA